CCGGCGGGCGGCAGCGGCGGUGUGAGAGCCGCGGGCAGCUCACGCGCAGUGCGCGGGCCGGGAUGAGGGGCAGCCGGCUGGGCAGCGCCUUCCCGACUGAUGCUGGAGGGGACAUCCUGACGACCUGCUGAGACUGUCCCCGGGUCCUCAGAAGACUGCAAUGUCCCAGGCUCAGGAGUAUGAAUGUGAGAGCCACAAUGCCACCAUGCAGGAGCCUCGGGUUUCAGGAUCCAGCACGAGGCUGGAGUGGGUGGAGAUCAUCGAGCCACGAACCCGUGAGCGCAUGUACGCCAACCUGGUCACAGGCGAGUGCGUGUGGGACCCGCCGGCCGGUGUCCGCAUCAAGCGCACCAGCGAGAACCAGUGGUGGGAGCUCUUCGACCCCAACACGUCGCGCUUUUACUACUACAGUGCCACCACCCAGCGCACUGUGUGGCACCGGCCGCAGGGCUGCGACAUCAUCCCCCUGGCCAAGCUGCAGACCCUGAAGCAGAACACGGAGUCCCCGCGCGCCUCUGCGGACAACAGCCCCGGGCGCGGCAGCAGCAUCAGCCGCGAUGGCAGCACCAGCUCCUCCCUGGAGCCCGAGCUGGAUGCUGGCGACAAAGCCCAGGAGCCGCCCGGGAGGAGCCGGCAGGCGGCGUUUGGGGCUGUGAGGGAGGAGAGCGGCAGUUCUUCACCACCAGCAGUGUUUCUCGACAAGGACUAUGAGAUUUCCCGGGGUCACUCUGCAGAUGGCCAGCUUCUUCACUACAGGACGUCCUCCCUCCGGUGGAACUCGGGCACCAAGGAGCGUGUGCUCAUCAGAGUUGCCGAUCGGGAGCCCAGCUUCCUCUCCCCGCAGGGCAAUGGGUGCCCUCUGGACAGCCAACCUGGGGGCCGCUCCCGCAGACCCUCGGGUGGACAGCAUUCGCCCAGUCUGCAGACGUUUGCCCCCGAAGCGGAUGGCCCCGUCUUCUUCCCGGAGCGGAGGCCAUCACCCUUCCUGAAGAGGGUUGAGCUGGGAAGCUGCUCCCCACUGCUGGCCCAGCCCCGCAAGCCUGCCAGCGAUUCACAGCCCUCCUCCCCGCGCUACGCCUAUGAGCCCCCCCUCUACGAGGAGCCCCCCAUCGAGUAUCAGGCCCCUAUCUACGAUGAGCCCCCCAUGGACGUGCAGUAUGAGGCUGGUGGGGCCUGCCAGGCGGGCUCACCCCAGCGGUCUCCCGGCCGGAAGCCGCUGGCCUUCCCACAGUCGCCCAAGCAGGCCUCCACCUCGCCCUUCCAGCAGCUGGUGCUCACCCGGCAGAAGUGCCCGGAGCGCUUCCUGAGCCUGGAGUACAGCCCCGCCGGCAAGGAGUACGUGCGGCAGCUGGUGUACGUGGAGCAGGCCGGCUCGAGCCCCAGGCUGCGGGCAGGCCCCCGGCACAAGUACGCGCCCAACCCCGGCGGUGGCUCGCUCUCCCUGCAGCCCAGCCCCUGCCUGCUGCGGGACCAGCGCCUGGGGGUCACAUCCGGGGACUACAGCAGCAUGGAGGGGCCUGAGCUGCGGCAUGCCCUUCCGCCCACGCCGCUCCCCCAGGCUCAGGACGACGCCAUGUCCUGGUCCAGCCAGCAGGAUACCAUGUCCUCGACAGGCUACUCCCCUGGCACUCGCAAGAGGAAGAGCAGGAACCCCUCCCUGUGCCACGCCCCCAGCGCCUCGUCCACCGACAGCCCUGGGGACCGCGACCUGCUGGAGCAGUCCCUGGCCGAGGAUCGGCCCGCGUGUGGACCCAGCCUGGCCCCAAAGCGCACCGAGCCCAAGGCCGGUGAUGCCGACGGGGCGCGGGGUGGGGCCGAGCCCUUCCUGGCGCAUGCGCGGCUGGCCUGGGAGGCGCAGCAGGCCCACUUCCACAUGAAGCAGCGGGGCAGCUGGGACUCCCAGCAGGACGGCUCUGGCUAUGAGAGUGACGGGGCCGUGCCACUGCCCAUGCCCGGGCCCGUGGUGCGUGCCUUCAGUGAGGACGAGGCGCUGGCCCAGCAGGAGGGCAAGCACUGGCAGAGGGGCGCCUUGGAGAGGCUUGCCUUCCCCCAGAUCCUGCUUGAGAAGAGCGUCUCUGUGCAGACCAACCUGGCCUCACCGGAGCCGUACCUCCACCCCUCUCAGUCCGAGGACCUCGGCACCUGUGCACAGUUCGAGAGCAGCCGACAGGCCCGCAGCGUGAUGCCCAGCGCCAGCUGCGUGUUCCCCACGUUCACUUUGCGCAAGCCGUCCUCGGAGACGGACAUCGAGAACUGGGCCUCCAAGCACUUCAACAAGCACACGCAGGGCCUCUUCCGGCGCAAGGUGUCCAUCGCCAACAUGCUGGCCUGGAGCAGCGAGCCCAUCAAGAAGCCCAUGAUCGUGACCAGCGACCGCCAUGUGAAGAAGGAGGCCUGCGAGAUCUUUAAGCUCAUCCAGAUGUACAUGGGUGACCGGCGUGCCAAGGUGGACCCGCUGCAUGUGGCCCUGGAGAUUGCCACCAAGGGCUGGAGCAUGCAGGGCCUGCGCGACGAGCUCUACAUCCAGCUGUGCCGACAGACCACCGAGAACUUCCGCCUGGAGAGCCUGGCCCGCGGCUGGGAGCUCAUGGCCAUCUGCCUGGCCUUUUUCCCACCCACACCGAAGUUCCACUCCUACCUAGAGGGCUACAUCUACCGGCACAUGGAUCCUGUCAACGACACCAAAGUGACACAGCACAUGAAAGAGCUCCUGGAAAGGAACACUAAGAAGAAGUCCAAGUUGAGAAAGAAACCCAAGCCCUAUGUUGAGCAGCCGGAUGGUAGGGCCUCUCUGCAGCCCUGGGCUGCGUCUGCACAGCUCUGCUCUCCGGCCUCGGCCACCUGGCCUCUUCUCUAACUGCUUCUGGGCUGAGGGUCUGGGGGUGGGCACUAACCCUCAGGCCUGUGGCCUCCUGAGCUGGCCGGAGGCCCCGGGUCAGUGAGCAGUGGCGUGGCUUCUGGGAGAGGCCGCGCCUGCCCUGUGCCUUUCUCUGUGGUCUCAGAACAGUGUCUGACUCGCAUGCGGAUUCUCAGUGGGGAGGGGCCGAGGCCUGCUGGGGGCACCUCAGGUAAGUGGUUGACUGCCAGCCCCCAUCCCUGGCUCUAGGGAAGCCCUGCCCACCCGAGGCUGUGCCCUCCCUGCUGGGACUGCUGGUGGUCCCAUGGCUGUCAUCCAGCCUUGCUCUGCUCCUCUUCCUCUGAGGCCACUGGACCUCAGCGAGCAGAUGGGGUGGCUGUGACCCAGGAUUCCCAGCUGCCCUUGGGCCACUCAGGUCUGGGAUAGGAAAGGCACUUGCAGCCCCUGCCUGAGCCCAUUCCUGAAAGGGGCUGCCACAGUUGGAUGGGGCUGGGGCCACAGCGGGCAGGUUCAUGUCGGCCUGGGCCAGCCGGAGCAGGACACUCCAGCCUGAGGUGGUGUUGGGUGCAGUAAAGGGCAUUGGACCCCUGGGACCCAGCAAGGUCAGCGCCAAGAGGUGGCAGGUUCUGGCCAUUGCCUCCCCACCUGUCAAACCGGAUGGGGCAGUGGGCUGGGAGCAGAGCACCCCGCACCACCAAGGGUUUCCCCGGGCUGCCCAUGGGCGCGGCCUGGACCCCCGGGCAUUCAGACACCCACAGUCCUGGCCCAGGAGGCUGUGCCCACGGCAGCACAUGGGACCCCAGUCCCUGGUCUGCCCACAAAACUGACACCAGCAGCUGCAUUUGCUGGGCCUUCACUGGGCACCAGACUGCAAGGUCAGCCCUUUACAGCACCUGUGACACAGGUGUUGUUCCUGUCCCCAUCCUACAGAGGAGGGAACUCAGGCCCAGAAAGGCUGGAUCUGGCCGUCGCCAGCUGAGAGGUGGCGGGCACUUCAGAUCACAGCCUGCUGGAGAGGCGGGUUGGGCCCCAGGAGGCCCUGGGACAGAGAUCAGGAUGUGUCUCCCCAGCAGUCCCCAGGACUAGGGACAGGAGGCACUUGCCUGAGGGGGAGGUGGGCAUGGCCCCAGUGUGAGGUAGAGCUAGUCCUUCUGCAGGAUACUCCCUGGGCUCCCAGUGGUCAGAGCACUGCUCAAGCACCACCCAUGCUCCCCAAAGCAAGAUCCCACCCAGAAGGGCCUCGUCGGCCUGUGGCAGAAGGUAACGGGUGCUGUGUCCCCAGCUAGUUGAUCAGAGGCUGCAGCUGGGUCUCUGCCAGGUACCUAUGGGUCCCCAAAGACCUGAAACAUUUUCCAGGGUUUAAACAUCUGUGAGAAAUACUUGUUUUUUAUUUUGAUUACUCUCAAAAAAAUCCCCUUAUCAGUUAUAACAACAAAACUACUCUGUGAAAGUUAGAAGUGAGAUUUUCACGGACUAAGACAUGUUUGUGUUCUGCACACUAGGCCCCAAGGGUCCCCGUGUCCUCCGACACCCAUAAAAACUGCUUCCUGUAAAACAAGACUCACGCGUUUGGGUUUGAGACUUGGGUCUGGAGGCCCCCUCUGGCAGGCAGCAGGCACUUGGGCAGGGGUGCCCAGCAGGGGCAGAUCCUCUGAAGGGCCUCUGCUGAGCCUGGAGACAUGCCCCAACCCGUCUGUCUGUCUGCCCCGUGGUCUGUGGACCCGGCCCAGGUGGCUCCUCCAGGCUUGGCCUCACUGCUCUCUGGCUGGCUGCUGCUUCCCCUCCCCUCCCUCCGUUCCCUGGGCCAGGACAGAUGCUCUAUACAUUUCAGACCCCGCCCCAGUGGGGCCUCUCCCCUCAUCCCUGUAUCUGGACAGCCCCCUCGCCAAGGUCCCUGAGGUCCUUGCCCACAGAAUGCUGGCACAGCCAUCCCCCGUUAACACCGGCUAGAACUUCUGCCAGGGCUGGAGUCUUCGAAAGCCUCCAGCCUCAGGCACAGCCCAAAGGUAUUGCCCUCCCAGUGACACUCAGGCUCAGGACACAGGGCACCCCUCCACGCUUGUGCCUUUCCACCGUGGGCCAGGCCCUGGGCCUCCCUCUCCCUGACCCUUCCCCCCGCGUCCUCCCCCACCCCUGCUGAGGCAGCCCUCAACCAAGCAGGACCGUGUGCUGGCCCAGACAGUGGCCUCUGAAUGCCUCCAGGCCCGCUGCACGUGGAAAUGACCCUUCUUAGGCACCCAGGGCCAGCUGGGGGAGGGAGCCCCUGCGACCCAGGCCCUGCCCUGCCCUGCCUGUGGCUCCUCAGGGAUGAUAGGCCUCACCCUCAAACUGCCCUUUCUGGACAGGGUGGGUGAGUGGGGGGUGCUGGCAGAGGGGUUCCUUCUCCAGCCUGGCCCUUCCGGAGGUGACAGAAGUGCCCCCUUGCUUCUCCGUGUGGGUUUCUGCUCCAAAGGACAGGCCUGGAGAAGGAAGCCCCACUGCCCUGGACAAGGGGCUUGCAGGAGCCGCCUCCACUCGCCCCUUCGCUGUUUCCCAUCCUUCACUGCUGGCGUGCAGCCCCUGUGUCC